UCAGAAUCGAUCGCCUCGCUCUUUCGAUUACUACUUCCACACAGCUCGCCACCAUUCCAGCACCUUCCUUUCCUUCUUCUCCCUGUGCCACGCUUUCCUGUUCCGUAGCACGACCAGUCAUGGACGGCAAGGACGCCACCGCCGCACCGCUCGGCGCGCAACAGCCGGGAGCACCGCCUUCCUCUCCCCCAACGCAACUACCCAUGGAGGGCAAGGACGCCGCCGCGGCAGCGCCACCGACGGGUGAGCCUCAGCCCGCGGCACCCGCGGAGGGGGAGGGGGCAAAGUGGGGAACGCGCCAGAUGGGCCCGCCGGCGGCGCCGGGGGCGCACCCGGAGAACCAGCAGGCCGCGCAGUGGACGGCCUCGCGCGGCGACCAGGAGCUGCCGCCGUAUGUCAUCACGGGGGAACCAGCGCCGGCGCGACGGACAGACAAGGAGAAGGACCGCCCGAUGGAGCACAUCCUCGACUUCUUCAACACCUGGAGCCGCAAGGCCGAGGAGCUCUCCUCCAACAUCUGGCUAAACUUGAAGACGGCGCCAUCCAUGUCCGACGCCGCGAUGGGGAAGCUGAGCCUCGGCGCCAAGGCCAUCACCGGAGGCGGCUUUGACAAACUGUACAAGCAGACUUUCUCCUCCAGCGCCGACGAGCACCUGAAGAAGACGUUCGCGUGCUACCUCUCCACGGCAACGGGCCCCGUCGCUGGCACGCUCUACCUGACCAACAUGAACGUGGCCUUCUGCAGCGACCGUCCGCUAUCCUUCGCCGCUCCGUCGGGGCAGACCGCCUGGAGCUACUACAAGGUCGUGGUCCCGCUGGCCAGGAUCGCCACGGUGGAGCCCGUGACGGCCAAGGAGAACCCGCCGGAGAGGUACGUCCACGUCGUUACCGUGGACUCGCACGACUUCUGGUUCAUGGGCUUCGUCAGCUACGACAAGGCAGUGCACCACCUUAGCUCGGUUGUCUCGUCGCAGCACGGGGCCGGCGCGGCGCCAACGCCGGCUGCGAGUUACCAGUGAGGACUCACACACUCGUGUCUUCGCUGUCCACAUGCGUUUGCCUCUCUUCAUUCGUUGGUCCCUUCGUUUUCUCCCUCUUGCUCACCUUUUGAGAGAGGUCGUUUGUUACGUUCAUUACUGUGAUCACCGCGUGUGUACGUGUUUGUUUUCUCAGCAACAGCGGAACUGUUAGUAUGUGAGUGGUCUUGUACUCUUGUGUAUGUCAGUAGUUUGUAACUGUAAGCUUUUUAUCUAUCAUAUUUUUUAUUCA